AUGGCAGACGAAAAAGAAGUCUACCCGCCCACUGCGGUGGACGUGGAGAAGGACACAUCGAUGAAGAUCGACCCAAAGUUACAAGAACACGCACAGGAUGCGGACGAGGCCCUCAAGGCCUUUCAGGAGCUUCAAGGUGAAACAAUUGAGCUGGAUGAGGCGACAAACAAGCGACUCUUGCGGAUCAUUGACUGGAGGAUGAUGCCGAUCAUGUGUUUCGUCUACGGGAUGAAUUAUCUGGACAAAACCACGUUAUCAUACGCCAGCGUGAUGGGAAUCAAAGACGAUAUCAAUCUCAAAGGCGACCAGUACCAAUGGCUGGGCAGUCUGUUCUAUUUCGGCUACUUGGCUUGGGAAUACCCAACCAACCGACUCCUCCAGCGCCUGCCCCUCGGCAAAUACUCCGCAGCAUGUAUCAUUAUCUGGGGUUCCAUUCUCUGCUGUUUCGCCGCGGUCAAUAACUACCCCGGUGCCAUUGCUAUUCGGUUCUUCCUCGGUGUGUUUGAAGCGUCUGUUACGCCGGGCUUCGCGCUUUUGACUUCCCAGUGGUACACCAAAGAGGAACAGGGCAGCCGUGUCAACAUCUGGUUCAGCUUUAAUGGCUGGGGUCAGAUCCUCGGAGGCUUCGUCGCGUACGGUAUCGCCGUUGGAACCGCCAAACACGGCUCCUCCAUCGAGCCCUGGAAGAUCGUCUUCCUCAUCACCGGUCUGCUGACCGUCGUCCUGGGUCUGGUCUUCCUCUGGGUCGUCCCAGACAGCCAGCUCAACGCGCGGUGGCUGAAGAAGGAAGACCGCAUUCUGGCGGUGGCCCGCGUGCGGGCCAACCAGCAAGGAAUCGGAAACAAGCACUUCAAACUGUAUCAGGUGAAGGAAGCGCUGGUCGACCCGAUGACCUGGGCGUUCUUCUUCUACGCGCUCAUCGCGGAUAUUCCCAACGGUGGAAUUACCAACUUCUUCAACCAGCUGAUCACCAGCUUCGGCUACACGGCAGAGCAAAGUCUGCUUUAUGGCGCUCCCGGCGGCGCGGUGGAAGUCAUCGCGCUGGUGUUGAACGGAAUCGUCGGCCGGUACACCAGCCAGCGUCUCCUCUGCAGCACAGGAGGACUGAUCGCGUCGAUCAUCGGCAUGGUCCUCAUCGUGGCCUUGCCUUUGGAUAACAACGUCGGCCGUCUCAUCGGCUAUUACAUGACGCAAGCGAGUCCCACGCCGUUCGUCGCUCUGCUGUCCAUGGUGUCGUCCAACGUAGCCGGCUACACGAAGAAGACCACUGUGGCGGCGCUGUACCUGAUCGGAUACUGCGCGGGCAACAUCAUCGGCCCCCAGGUCUUCCGCCCUAAAGACGCCCCGCGCUAUAUCCCCGCGGAGAUCACCAUCAUCGUCUGCUGGGGCGUCUGUGUCUUCCUCAUUCUAUUCAUCCUGUGGUGGUACAAGAGACAGAAUGCGAAGAAGGCCGAGGCCCGCGCGAGUCCUGAUUACGUCCGUCUCGAGAACCAAGAAUUUUUGGACCUUACGGAUUGGGAGAACAAGGAGUUUGUUUACGCAUUGUAA